AUGCCGACACCUCGAAUCAUCUUCGAGAUUGAGUACAGCCACCGCAACAUACGGCAGCUGUGGGUGUGGGCCAAUCAGCUCCUCGCCGACCAAUUCGUUCGCGCCGUGGUUGGUAUUCUAGUCUACCACGAAUCCCGCUCUCCCAAGUUUGCGAUGCUCGCUGUGCUCGUCCGCCGUGAUGGUGGUGGGAACGUUGCUUUGUUUGACGCGGUCUCGUUCGGCACGAGACAACUGAAUCACCGUGUCAUAGCUGUCCUCAGUGAGUUGCCGUUUGCUCAAGGAUCAGCGUUUCGCGAGUUGCCAACCCCUAUCGGCAACCUUGAACACAAUAGCAGCCGGCCGAUGCCCGCGAAUUGGAACAACCUCAACCCGUUCAUCACCGUGCCGGGAGAGGAUGUGUUCUAUCAAGCACCCAGUCCCCCUGUCACGGCUGUGGCGUUCGUACGUGUCCUUGAGCACGUAAAUACUCCCAGGUACAUCAUCGUGGACGAAGGUGGCCAUGUCGGCAACUAA